GAGCAGAACUUGAUUUUUGUGAAGGAAGGAGAAGUAGAGCAUUCAAUGAUAGAGCUGAACGAGGUGGUCAUCAAUCCCGUUCCACAAUUGAAGAAGAAGAGAGUGAGUUUCUAUGGAAUCCCUGUCGUUAAGUCUCUAUCUUCAAAUCAAAUGGAAACUCUAUCCUCUAUUUGUGAUACCUUUCUCCCAUCUAUCAAUCUCUCCGGCAAUUACGACGAUUCCGUCCAUACUUUUUACAAAACUUGUGCAUCCAUGGCUGGAACCCAUGAACAUGUUGGAGUGAUGAUAGCAGAAACAUUGAAGCAUCCAUUGAUGCCUGUGCUUCUAUUAACAAUAUGGAUGCUGUCCACAUGGUUUGGAACUUUUUUGCUGUGUGGGACAGCCAGCAUCUCCACCAGAUUCCCAUACUUCCACAAAUUCUCAGACCUUCCUCAGAAGAAGCGGGAGCAGAUCUUUCUUUCUUGGUCUUUAAGCUUCUUACAUCCCUUGAGAAUGUUUUUCAGAACCCUCAAGUAUCUUACCAUGCUCGUCUUCUUUUCUCAGGUAGACGAGAAUAAUCAUAACUUGUCAUGGAAAGCAUUGGGUUACUGUGGACCGGAUCCGGAUUUGACCAAAAUAUGUGAAGAAACAAAUAAUAAUAGAAAUAGUAGCAGCAGUGAUGGACAAGAAGGAGAUGGAAAUCGGCGCAGCACCAACGAUGCAGACAAAGAGAAGUUUAUUGGACCUCUUUAUAAAGGCCUUGUUGACGUAACACAAGCAAAGGAAGUACUCUCAGCAACGCUUGAGCGAUCUGGAUUUCCUGUCUCAAUUCACCAUCAUCAUCAUCGUCGACCACCCAAUAAAACCCCAUCUCUUUCUUCUCCUUCUUUGACCAUCCAAUGUGAUGUGGUGGUUGUGGGUUCUGGUUCUGGUGGUGGAGUUGCUGCUGGUGUUCUUGCCAAAGCUGGUUACAAGGUUCUUGUCUUAGAAAAAGGAAACUACCAUGGAAGAAGGAAUCUCUCACUUCUUGAAGGACCAUCUAUGGAUCAAAUGUAUCAGAAUAGUGGAUUACUUGUUACAAAUGAUGUCGGUGUCACGAUUCUUGCCGGUUCAACCGUUGGUGGUGGUUCUACUAUCAAUUGGUCAGCUUCGAUUCGAACUCCAGAUCAUGUGAUGAAGGAAUGGUGUAACAGUUACGAGUUGGAGUUAUUCGAUAGCAAACUCUAUGAACAUGCCAUGGAUGUAAUUUGUGAACGAAUGGGAGUUCAAUCCGAAAUCAAAGAAGAAGGAUUCAAUAAUGCAGUGUUACGAAAAGGGUGUACCGAGUUGGGUUAUCCGGUAAUCAAUAUCCCUCGAAAUUCCAGUUCCGAUCACUACUGUGGGUGGUGUUGUUUUGGAUGCAAAGAUGGUAGAAAAAAAGGUACCUCAGAGACAUGGUUGGUGGAUUUGGUGGAAUCAGGUAAUGGUGUGAUUCUACCUGGUUGUAAGGCUUUAAAAGUGUUACAUGAGAGGAGGAGAACCAGAUCAAGAAAUCGAAACAUUUCGACCGGAGUAGCUUUCGAAUUCAAUAAUGGAUGGGGAAAGGAUAUAUGUGUGGUGAAAUCGAAAGUGACAAUUGUUGCUUGUGGUGCUCUUUCUACUCCCACACUUUUAAAGAGAAGUGGAUUGAGGAAUCCAAAUAUUGGGAAACACCUUCAUCUUCAUCCUGUGGCAAUGGCUUGGGGCUACUUCCCUGAUUCAACGUCUACAUCUGAAUUACAAAAUAAAAAGAGUUAUGAAGGAGGUAUAAUGACGGCAAUGUCCACCGUAGUCGCCAGAGGGGGUGGCGGCGGCGGCGGCAGCGACGGCUAUGGUGCGGUGAUACAAACACCAGCAUUGCACCCGGGAAUGUUCUCAGCAGUGAUGCCUUGGGUGUCUGGGAUUGACAUCAAAGAGAGAAUGUGCAAAUUCUCAAGGACUGCUCAUAUAUUUGCAUUGGCAAGGGAUAAAGGAUCAGGUACUGUGAACUCAACAAAUUCAUAUAGUUAUCAAAUGGAUGUGAUAGAUGAAGAGAAUUUAAGAAAAGGAUUAGAGAAGAUACUUCGGAUAUUGGCUGCUUCAGGGGCUGAAGAGAUUGGAACUCAUAAUUGUAAAGGGAAGAAAUUGAAUGUAAAGAAAGCAAGCUGGCAAGAGUUUGAGAGGUUUGUGAAAGAGGAAAGUAGGAAAGAGUUGAGGGAUUUGUCUACGCCGAUAUGCUCUGCUCACCAAAUGGGAAGUUGUAGGAUGGGAGUGGACCUUAAAGAGUCUGUGGUGAACCAAAGGGGUGAGACAUGGGAAGUGGAGGGUCUGUUCCUUGCAGACACAAGUGUAUUUCCUACGGCGUUGGGUGUGAAUCCAAUGGUCACGGUCCAGGCCAUCGCUUAUUGCACUGCUCACUCGGUUCUUGAUGUUCUUUUCAGGAAGAAGAGCCGAAACUGCUGAACAUGGUACCUAGCUAGCUAAAAAUAUUUUGUUUUCUUCUCUGUUUGAUCCUUGGAACAAUAAAUUAUACUUGCAU